GAUAGAACAAUGACAAGGCAAGUACUGUUGUUCAUGUCUCUCCUCUCCGUCGGCUCGGUGCUCGGGCAGGUCAGCUACUCUAUUCCCGAGGAAAUGGCCAAAGGAUCUUUAGUCGGUAAUAUAGCACACGAUCUAGGUUUACAAACGAAACGUCUUCAAUCUGGCAGAGCUCGAAUUUAUACCCGAGACAGCGACGAAUACAUCGAGCUGAACAGAGAAAGAGGAGUCCUCCUUGUUAAAGAGAGAAUCGACAGAGAGGGGCUCUGCAGACAGACGACGCCGUGUGCUUUACAUUUUCAGAUUAUAUUAGAGAAUCCGAUGGAAUUUUACACGCAAGGAUCCAACAGUCAAAUUACUUAUUCAAUCACAAACACGUUAGAUGAUAUAAGUAGAGUAUUUGAUGUAAAUGAAGAAAACGGCGAAGUAAGUUUAAUCGGUAAUAUUGAUUUCGAAGAGUCGCGAAACUAUCAAAUAAAUUUACUUGCGAGUGACGAGGGCGGACUCACAGACUCGUGCAAAUUAAUUGUCGAAGUACAAGAUGUAAAUGACAACAAACCUGAAAUUAACAUAAUGUCAAAGUCGACUGUAAUAUCAGAGGAUGCUAAACUCGAUACAGUUGUUACAAUGAUAAAUAUUGAGGACAAGGACUCUAGAGACAACGGAAACGUGAAAUGCUUUAUCAACGAAAAUAUGCCUUUCAUUUUGAAAACGUCAACAAAUAAUUUCUAUAGCCUAGUGACGGACAGUGAUUUAGACAGAGAGAGAGCCUCUGACUACAAUAUAACAGUGACCUGCUCUGAUGAGGGAGUGCCCUCCCUCUCCAGCAGUGUCACUCUCACCUUACAGAUCUCUGACGUCAAUGACAACGCGCCUGUCUUUGAGAGGAACUCAUAUGAGGCCUACAUUGUAGAAAACAACACACCAGGCCUCUCUAUAUUCACAGUCAAAGCCACAGACGCUGACUGGAACCAGAAUGCCCGUGUUUCUUACAUACUGGAGGAGUCCUCUGUCAACGGAGUGCCAGUCUCCUCCUAUGUGUCCGUUAGUGCUGAUAGUGGAGUCAUCCAUGCAGUGCGCUCUUUUGACUACGAGCAGAUCAAAGAUUUCCACUUCCGCGUCAAAGCGCAGGAUGGAGGCUCUCCUCCACUCAGUAGCAACGUGACAGUGAAAAUACUGAUCCAGGACCAGAACGACAACCCUCCUCAGGUUCUGUACCCAGUCCAGACUGGUGGCUCUGUGGUGGCUGAGAUGGUGCCUCGUUCAGCAGAUGUGGGCUAUCUGGUGACUAAAGUGGUGGCUGUUGAUGUGGACUCUGGACAGAAUGCCUGGCUGUCCUAUAAACUGCAGAAAGCCACAGACAGGGCGCUGUUUGAAGUGGGCUUACAGAAUGGAGAAAUCAGAACUAUCCGCCAAGUCAGCGAUAAAGAUGCAGUCAAACAGAGACUGACUGUUAUAGUGGAGGACAACGGGCAGCCCUCUCGUUCAGCUACAGUCAUUGUCAACGUGGCGGUGGCGGACAGCUUCCCUGAAGUGCUGUCGGAGUUCACUGACUUUCCACACGACAAGGAGUACAAUGACAAUCUGACUUUUUACUUAGUGCUGGCUCUGGCUGUAGUUUCCUUCCUCUUCAUCACCUGUUUAGUUGUUAUUAUAUCAGUCAAAAUCUACAGAUGGAGACAGUCUCGCAUCCUGUAUCACUCCAAUCUGCCUGUGAUUCCAUAUUAUCCACCACGUUACUCAGACACUUUGGGGACAGGGACUCUCCAACACGUAUACAAUUACGAGGUGUGCAGGACGACUGACUCCAGAAAGAGUGACUGUAAGUUCGGCAGAGCUGGUAGUCAGAACGUGCUAAUAAUGGACCCCAGUUCUACAGGAACGAUGCAGCGGAUUCAGAAUGAGAAGAGCAUCCUGGAUGAACCAGACUCUCCUCUAGAGGUUAGAAAUUUCCCCCUUCACUCAUGUCAAAGUUACAUGUUUAAAUAUGUGUGCGCUAGCUGA